AUGACUACCAUCACUCUCCCUGAAAACUACGGCGCCGUCAUUGGUGUUGCCCUCGGCGCAAUCCCUGUCCUGGGCUUCAUUCACGGUUUCGUCACCGGUGGGCUCCGCAAAGAGGCCAAGGUGCCUUACCCACACUCAUAUGCAAGCAUUGAGCAAUGCAAGGAAAACGCCAAAGCUGAGAAGUUCAACUGCGCCCAGCGUGCUCACACAAAUUUCUUGGAGAAUGCUUCUCAAACCAUGCUCUUCACUCUCGUUGCUGGUCUGAAGUACCCUGAAUUGGCUGCUGGUAUCAGUGGUCUCUGGGUUGUUUUCCGCUCCUUGUUCCUCUACGGAUACGUGUACUCGGGCAAGCCUCAAGGUAAGGGCCGUAUGAUGGGCGGUUUCUUCUGGCUGGCCCAGGGUGCCCUUUGGGGAUUGACUGUGUUUGGUGUUGCUCGUCACCUCAUCUCCUACUAA